AUGGAUGUACGUUUUUACCCCAAUGCUGGAGGAAAUGCUAUUCCUGGAGAACCAGGAAACCUGGAUUUCUCCCACUGUUUGGGAUACUACAACUUCAACAAGUUCAUAAAUAACAACAACUACAUGAACAUGUCAGAAGCAAAUGGCACCCUGCUGACUGCUGGUGAUACCUUUCACACACCCAGUCUUGGGGAUGAGGAAUUUGAGAUUCCCCCCAUCACACCUCCGCCAGAAAUAGAGUCAGGCCUCGGACUGUCUGAUGGGGAUUCGCCUUUCCACACCAUGCCAGAGCCUCCUGCCCAUCAGAGGGGCUCCCUGAUCCCUCAAUUCCCACCUCAAAGCUUGGAUCUACCCUCCAUCACAAUAUCGCGCAACAUGAUGGACCAGGAAGGGAUGGGAUUAAGCAAUGGCCAACCGGUGAAUGCUGGACCGGCUCAUAUCCGCCAGUAUGCGGCUAACCCAACCAUGCUCAUGAAGUCCAUCGCCAACAUGAGUGGCCCGAAUGGGAUGAUUUCACGUAAUCAGCUGACCACCAUCAACCAGUCGCAUCUCAACACACAGCUGAACCUGAACAUUGGCGGAACCAACAUUGCCCACACUUCGCCGUCGCCUCCAGCCAGCAAGUCUGCCACACCAUCACCCUCCAGCUCCAUCAACGAAGACGAGCAGGACGACAGUAACAGGGUGGUUGGCGAGAAGAGACCGGCACCUAUCGAUCCCACGAAAAAGCCCAAGACGCCCAAAAAGAAGAAGAAGAAGGAUCCCAAUGAGCCUCAGAAGCCAGUGUCUGCAUACGCUCUGUUCUUCAGAGACACCCAGGCCGCCAUCAAGGGUCAGAACCCCAAUGCCACCUUUGGUGAAGUGUCCAAGAUAGUGGCGUCUAUGUGGGACGGUCUAGGGGAGGAACAGAAACAGGUGUACAAAAGCAAAACCGAAGCUGCCAAGAAAGAGUACUUAAAGGCUCUGGCUGCAUACCGUGCUAGUCUGGUAUCCAAGGCUGCAGCGGAAUCUGCUGAAGCACAGACAAUCCGCUCUGUACAGCAGACCCUGGCUUCCACCAGCCUUUCUCCAGGCCUGGUGCUGCCUUCACCACUCAUUCAGCACCCCUCCAUGCCCUCGUCCUCCCAAGCCCUCCAACAAGCCCUACCCCGAGCCAUCGCCCCAAAGCCUCUGCAAAUGAGACUCGGAGGCAGUCAAAUUGUCACUUCGGUCACAGUUUCCCAUCAGAACAUGUCCCCGGUGAUGCCGCAAAUGCUAAGUCAGAUGGGCUCCGGCGGGACCAUGGCGCAUUCUGCGGCCGCCUCACAAAUGAGCCCACCCAUGCAGCAUCAGCAGCAUACCAUGCAGCAGCAAAUGCAACAGCACCUCCAACACCAUCAGAUGCAGCAGCAGCAGAUGCACCACCAGCAGAUCCAGCAGCAGAUGCAGCAUCAGCACUUCCAGCACCACCUCCAACAGCAGCUCCAACAGCACCACAUCCACCAACAGCAACAACAGCAACAGCAGCAACAGCACUUGCAAAUGCAGCACAUGCAAAUGCAGCAGCAAAUGCAUCAGCAGCAAAUGCAACAUCUUCAACAACACCAGUCCCAGUGUUCCCCGCCGCAGCACUCGCCCGGCACACCUCAUUCUGUGGGCUCUGCGUCGCUCGGCAGCCCCCAGCCGGCUCCUCAGCAGCAAAAUCCUCCACCGCAGCAACACCCCUCCCAGAUCCAGGCCCACGCCCACGCCCAGGUCCUUUCCCAAGUCAGCAUUUUCUGA